GGGAGGGAACCGGAGUCCAGAAGCGGCUCACUGAUACGGAUCCUUGCUGGUUUGGCCUGGCCGGCGGGAUGGCUGCCGAGGGUCGAAUGCGGUAUCACACACUGACUAAGGAUGGGCUGAGUGUGUUCGACUCCCCGUCUGCCAAUGAGCCUGCAAAGCGAUGGGACGGGGUGGGCACAGCAGUGUGGAGCAAAGAUGGGACCAAGGUGAGGCGAGUCUGGUGAGAUCCAGGCGACGCAAGGUAGUGCUCACGGCUGUGCGUGUCUGUGUGUGCAUGUCAGCUGGCGAUAUCGACGAAGGCUCAUCCCAGCUGUGUGGAGCUGAUUGAUGGCGACACACUGGCCACCAGCCAGAUCCUCGACGGAGGUAGGUGACAGAAUGAGCACUCAUGAACAUGGCACGGGCGCGACACACCUGUGCACACAUCUGUCGUGUCUGUCUGUCUGUCUGUCUGUCUGGCACACACAGGUUCGCCGGUCCGUCAGUUUUCGUUUUCACCGCUGGCAACAUACCUGGUUGGUAGCUUAAUUAGCUUCCACCAUCAAUACACAGCAAUUUAUGCGUCUUGAUGAAGAUGAGAAUGUUGUGUGUGUGUGUGGUUGUUUGUUGUGUCGUUUGCUGUCUGCAGAUCUCGUUGCAUAAGUACGAUGCCGACCAGAACAAGGACAACUUCAUCAUUUGGGACGUCGCCAAGGGGGAGGCCGUGAGGAGAAGAGAACCACAGACAGCAAUUGCAAUAGCGGAACGACGACACAGCAGCAUGGCAUGCGCGUGUCUGUCUGGUUCUUCAUGUGUGUGUGUGUGUGUGUGUGUGUGUGUCAGGUGUGCCGUUUUCCACUCAAGAGUCUCGGCAAGGCGGGCUGGCCGCCCGUCAAGUGGACACCAAAGGAGAAAUACGCCGCCAGAAUGGUCUGGUCAACCAAGUAGACAGACAUAAUGGAUGGAUUCUUUGCGGCGCACGCGCGUGUGGAGACUCGAUGUAAACAUCUGCUGCUGGCCUUGUCUUGUUUGUGCAGGUGUCCAACGAGGUGCAGGUUUUUGACGGUCAGAAUGUGUCCCUGAGUGACGCCAUCGGCAAAAUAUACCUCACCAACGUGGCCUACUUCGAGCCGGCACCUGAGGUAUAGCCAAAGCCACACACACGUUUCGGAGUUUCGCAUUCCGACCAUCUCUCUCUCUGUCUGUGUGUGUGUGAGUGUGCAGGAGGGCAACGCCAUAGCUCUGUUCGUGCCUGAGAUGAAGGGCGCGCCCGCGUCAGCCAGGGUUUACUCGUUCAACGACCUACAGGUCGGCACGGGAGCAACAGCAACACGGGAGCAGCUAUGAAUAUGCUGUGUGUGUGUGUUUGUGUGUGUGUUUGUUUCCACGUAGGCCCCGGUGUGCAGCAAGAGUUUCUUCCAGGCGCAGGAGGUGAAGAUCAAGUGGAAUUUCAACGGGUCGGCCAUGCUCCUCCUCACGCAGACAGACGUAGACGCCACAGGACAGUCCUACUAUGGCAGCACCAACCUGCACUUCAUGCGGGUACCAACCGAAGGGGAAUGUGUGCAUCCGCAGUGUUCUCAUCUCCUUAUCCCUGGACGGUAUGGGUGUGUGCGUGUGUGUGUGUCUGUGUGUGUGGUCAGAGUGACGGUUCGAGCGACUGUUUGUUGGUUGGGGGCGACAAGGGCCCCGUGCACGACGUCGCCUGGAGCCCCACAGCCAACGAAUUCCUCAUCUGCUCGGGGCUCAUGCCCGCCGAGGUACCAACACACACACACACAUACACAGCCCACCACAAACAGCCACACGGCGUACUGUUGAUGUAUGUAUCAGCUGUCACUGCACGACGGCAAGAAGGGCGACAAGAAGCUGUCGUUCGGCAAGUCGCGCAAGAACACCAUCAGGUGGAACCCCUUCGGAAGACUCGUCGCCUUCGGAGGAUUCGGGAACCUCGCAGGUGUGUACGUCACGGCCGAACGAACACUUGACGGCCGGCAGAGAGAGCAGGAUUCGCUGACUCAUCCAUAUCAUACGGUUGGGGUGGGGGUGGUGCAGGUGAUUUGGAGUUUUGGGAUAUGAACAAGAAGAAGGCCAUCGGCAGCUGCAAGGCCGCCUGCACCGUCGAGUGCGACUGGGCACCUGACGGAAGACACUUCAUCACCAGUCAGUCUAAACCCGACCCACGCGCACACAAAGAAAGGCACCGGCCGCUCAUCUGUCUGUCUGUCUGUCUGUCUGUGUGGCUGUCUGGCUGUGUGCCCGCCUGUGUGUGUGCAGGCAUCACGACCCCCCGUCUGCGUGUGGACAACGGCAUCACGGUCUACUACUACGACGCGUCAGUGGUGUCCAAAGCGGCCUACAACGAGCUCUACUUCGCAGAGUGGCAGCCGGCACAACCAGGCGCAUUCAAAGACAGACCCGUCACACCAGGUAGGUCUGCCCUCGCCGGUCAGCACAUGCAUCACAUCACCCUCCUUGCUUGGUCUCGAUGUGCAGCUCGCAUUCGUGCGGCCGCCGCGUCAGCCGAGGAUGGCUCUUUGUCGGGUAGUGGUGGUGGUGACAAGAAUGGCACCUUCAAACCUGCAGGCGCAUACAGACCGCCAGGCUCUACAGGUAGGUGCACCGCUCCCAGCCAACCACCCCACCCACCACCCACGCAACCGCCCAUUAAUUAACCCUUCUUCUCCGCCUCUCGUCUAUGGAUGGUGCAGGUGCGUUGGCGGCGUUGAUGCGAGCCGAGCGUGAGGCCGACCAGCAGCUGAGUGCCAAGCCAGUGAGCGUCCGCGACCCCAACCUGCCACCGGGAGCAGGCACCGACCCCGCCAAGUCCAAGGCGGCACUCAAGAACGCCAAGAGGAAGAAGGCCAGGGAAGCCAAGAAGGCGGCGGCGGAGCCACAUGAUGAUGCCGAGGACGAUGAAAAGGAGGGUGGCCCUAGUCCUGGCCCGGCUGAUGACCUCCAGGAUGGAGCCAGGGCAAAUGGCGGUGUUGCCGCGUCCUUCGCAUCGGCAUCCGCCACUUCGGCGUCGGCAGCUGCUGAGGGUGCGUCAUCGAGUUCGGCACCACAGCAGCCCCAGCCUGACGAGGGAGAGAAGAAGGAGCAGCUGAGUGAGGCCGACAAGAAAGUUCGAGGCCUCAGGAAGAAACUCAGGGAGAUCGAGCGGCUCAAGGUGGGUGGGCUGGCGGGCACAAGGGAACAGAAAGCUAGCUUGGCCUACACACCUUAAGGUGUCCGUCUGCGUGUGUGUGUGGAUGUUUGCUGUGUUGUUUGUCAGGAGAUGUCUGCUGAUUCGUUGAGUGAGGCGCAACGGUCCAAGGUGGCGUGCGAGGCGGACAUCCUCGAGCAAAUCAAGGCGAUAGAAGGAUAGACAGCCAAGCCCGCUUCGCUUACCGGGUCGCUUAUAACUUCGUUUGUGUGCUGCGAGUGAGUGACAUACAAUCUCUCUGUGGUGCGAGAGUGGACUGUACGGGUCUGUCUGUGUGGGGUGGGGAUGGCGG